UGCGGCGCAUUUUUUGGAGACCCAUUUUUUUUUUUACGAAAACAAAUAAAAAAACCUACCAGUGGAUGCUGGUUUCCCCUUUUUUAAAGCUGCGAUGUCCCAGUAGCUUGUUAGAUUUUCAAGACCAGCAGCUCGCAGCUCAAUCCGCCACAGGGUCACAGCCUCAGCCGGAGCUAACAGCUAAUGCUAGGACGGCUAGCGAGCUAGCGCUCACAGACCGACAUUAUUUCCGCGGAACCCGUUUUAAUUCACGCCGACGGUCGCGAUGGCUGAUGUGGACAAGCUCAACAUAGACAGUAUCAUCCAGCGUCUUUUAGAAGUCAGAGGAGCCAAGCCGGGCAAGAAUGUGCAGCUGCAGGAGAACGAGAUCCGGGGGCUGUGCCUGAAGUCCAGGGAGAUCUUCCUCAGUCAGCCCAUCCUGCUGGAGCUGGAGGCUCCUCUCAAGAUCUGUGGUGACAUCCACGGACAGUACUACGACCUGCUGCGGCUGUUCGAGUACGGCGGCUUCCCCCCGGAGAGCAACUACCUGUUCCUGGGCGACUACGUGGACAGGGGGAAGCAGUCCCUGGAAACCAUCUGCCUCCUGCUGGCCUACAAAAUCAAAUACCCCGAGAACUUCUUCCUGCUGAGGGGAAACCACGAGUGUGCAUCAAUCAACAGAAUAUACGGCUUCUAUGAUGAGUGUAAAAGAAGGUACAACAUCAAGCUCUGGAAGACCUUCACAGAUUGCUUUAACUGCCUCCCGAUUGCCGCCAUUGUUGAUGAGAAGAUCUUUUGCUGCCAUGGAGGUCUUUCACCUGACCUUCAGUCCAUGGAGCAGAUCAGACGCAUCAUGCGCCCGACUGACGUACCUGACCAGGGUCUGCUCUGCGACCUGCUCUGGUCCGAUCCGGACAAGGACGUGUUGGGCUGGGGCGAGAACGACAGGGGCGUGUCGUUCACCUUCGGCUCGGAGGUGGUGGCCAAGUUCCUGCACAAGCACGACCUGGAUCUGAUCUGCCGUGCCCACCAGGUCGUCGAGGACGGCUACGAGUUCUUCGCAAAGCGGCAGCUCGUCACCUUGUUCUCGGCGCCCAACUAUUGUGGAGAGUUUGACAACGCAGGCGCCAUGAUGAGCGUGGAUGAGACGCUCAUGUGCUCCUUUCAGAUUCUGAAACCAGCUGAGAAGAAGAAGCCCAACGGCAGCCGUCCUGUGACUCCCCCCCGCAACAUGGUCACCAAGCAAGCCAAGAAAUGAGAGGACAGGAGGGGAGGCGAAGCGUCCGGGGUCUCAUCCCUCUCCUCUGCUCUGGUCUUCUGCAUUCGAAGGGUUGGUUAUCCUUCGUGCUGCCAAUAAAAAGAUAGCCACUCCUACUCGAUGAAAGCAAAAUAUUUUGUUGUUUUGUCCACAGGGGUAAAAUUGAUAUGUCACCAUGAAAAACCUCAGGUGUUUUGCACUCCAUUUUGCAGCUAGUCUUUGCCACAUAUGACUGUUCAAUCAGGAAAAAUGUAACAAUACGGCUACUUAUGCACAGGAAUGCCUUGUUUAAAGCUGUGCACAAUUUUUCCACUUUUAUUUGAUGUCUUGUAAAUUUUUUUUCAUCUUUUUUCUCACUGUCAAUAAUUAUUAAUGGAUAUGAAACUAUGUGGGGGGGGGGAGGGGGUCACAAACACCUGUUUACUCCCAUAAACUUUAUUUAAAGUUAUUUUGCAGUCGAUGUCAUAAAACAUUGACUGUACACUGCAUCACAUUUUUAAAACAAGUCUUGUGCUAAAUUAAACGAAUAAAAAAGCACUCUUGUAAUGUCUAAAUCUUUCUAAUAAACUGAGUGUAUUUUAGGGGGAAACUGG